UGAACUGUCACAUCAAACGGGCCAAUGAUUUACCGCCACAGGGGGGAAUUAUUAAGCCAGCAGGCAGGGGCAGGGGCCUCCAGGGGAGCGCACAGCAAGCCAGUGCAAGUGUGGCGAGAUAAUGGGCAUUAACACUCUUUCUGGGAUAUCUCCGCUCACAGAUCCGGGGGACGGUGACCCUGCCCGCAAUCCCGCAGCCCCGUCCAAGCGGGUGGCACCGCCAGACGUCACCCCGGGGACAUGGCAGGCAAGCCGCUAGCACUGUCCCAGGAGGCUCUGGCCCAGUUCAACCAGGCGGUAGCAUCAGAGAACCCGGAGGCCACACGCCUGAGGGCCGGCUCGCUGUCCACCCGCCGCAGCUCUCACUCGCUGGACAACCCGCCCAGGCCCCUGAUGCGGCUGAAGAGCAUAGAGGAGGGGAAGCCGCCCUCCCUGCACUCCCGGAGGAGCUCCAUCAUGAGCAUCACCAACGCCCCCUUCACCAGCCGAAGAAACUCUAUCUCCAUGGCAAUGGGAGGGAGGCGCCUCUCCAUCGGCCCCUGGAUGCACAGCGGGCGGGUGAGCUUCUCGGGGCUCCCCCUCUUCCAGCCCAUCCGGGAGACGCAGUAUGAGAACACCUACAAGACCCAGCCAGACGAAGGCUGCAAGUUCAACACCUGCCGGGCCCAGCGGGUACUGGAGUCCACCCUUGCCAGUUACCUGGGGGAUGCCAAGUACAACCCGGUGACAAGCGGGCAGCUGGCCCAGAGCCUGUCUGAGCUCAUCCGCAGCCGCCUGAAGGACCUCACCCCACCCCGCUACAAGCUGGUCUGUAACGUCUUCCUGGGCCAGCAGGGCCAGCAGAGCCUGCAGGUGGCCAGCCGCUGCCUCUGGGACCCGGAGAACGACAGCGUCGCCUCCGCCACCUUCGUCAACGCCUCCCUCUUUGCCGUGGCCACGGUGCACGGGCUGUACUAUGAGUAGC